AUGACUGGUUUAACUAUUCUUAUGACAAAUUCUACAUACGCUGCAAAAUUUCGAUAUAAAUGUAUCAAAAAUCUUAUAGAUAUAACAAACAGUAAAAUAUUUAAUCGAGAUAACGAUAAAUAUGAACAUAUUAUAUCAUAUUAUAAUUGGCAAGGAAUUUUUCAUCAUAUAGCUUAUCAUAUAGCUUAUUAUAUUAUGCUUUUGCUAUUUAUCCUCAUAAAUUGCAUUAUCAAUAUAGCAAUAGAUAUUCUUAUAACAAGUUUUAUAAUAAUUACCUGUUGUCAAUUAACGAUUUUAAGUUAUAUAUCUUCAAUUUUUACAAAACAGAUCCAAGAUAUAUUUAGUAUUAUAAUAUUUUUUCAACUUUUUGUAAAUUGCAUUAUUGUUUGUUUGAACCAGCAUUCAAUCUAUCAUAGGUAAAGUUUGCCUAUUAAUUAUGAUUUUUAUAUUUUUAUUUUAUGAAUUUUUUUCAAUUUAUGUAAUCAUAUUUUAUAUAUAUUAUAUUUACAGAUAAAAAAUUAUAUUUACACCUGAAUUUUUUGAUUCAUUACUA